AUGCAGGCUCGCAAGCAUGCAAAGGUACCUGGCAGCAGGCGCUCACUUCGCAGCGAGCUGCUUCAGAGAUUAGCCUACCCACACGCUACAGAUGAAGCCGUCCCACUACAGAGCAGGGAGGCCUUGCUUCACGUCGUGUGGGCUUUGAUACAAGACUACCUGGGUGAACCCCCGAAGAUGCAGGUUGUGACCUACGAAGUUGAUCCGUUCACGUGCAACCACACGGUUAAGCUUUGGGAUCCUCGCUCGGGCAGGGCAGCGACACGCUUCCUGACCGGCCACACGGACACGGUCCUCACAGUUGCGAUGAAGGGAAACAUUGUCCUUACGGGAUCUUACGAUUGCACUGCCAGGGCCUGGGACGCCUCACGAGGUGUAUUGCUCAAGACGAUCCUCUUCGACUGCUCCGUGACUGCAGUGGGCAUUGAGCAGUCCACCAUCAUCUUGGGCGGCAGCAAUGGUAUGGCCGUGCUGGGCAAGAUCACUGGGGACCGCGACUGGGUCUAUGGACGGUACUGCACGGCUGUGGAAUUCUGCAUGGCGCAAUUGAGAGAUUGUGUGAAACCGGUGGAAGUCAACGAUCACGAUACCUUCCUUGGAAGUUGGCCCGGCUGCCAGACUUUACUUGCAACGGAUCUGCUGCAAGGUUUAGUGCUUUGCAGUGUGUCGCAAUUCGAGCCUGCUCCGUGCGGUUUGAUUGCUUCAAUCGUGGUGUCCUUGGCCAUCGCCGGGGAUUUUGUCGCUAUGGGUUCGGGCCGUGGCGCCGUGCAGGCAUGGGGUGCGCAGCUCGCUGUCUUGCGGUAG